AUGCAGCUCCCAAGGCGAGCAGUGCUGCCGCGCCUUCCAAAAUGGGACCGAGCUACGCAAAGCUGUCGGCGCUUGGAGUCAGUGGGCAGAUCCAUCUGUCAUGAUGGAAUGUCUGGCACCGUGAAGCUGAAGCCUCCAUGCCAACCCGGGAGAGGUCCCGGCCGCAACAAUCUGAUGUGUGAACGAUGCGACGUCGGAAAAUUCGCGCCAGCUCAAAGCUUCUGUCAAGAGUGCCCCGAAGGUUCAACUCCUUCCGAGGAGCGGAGCACGUGCGAAGAGUGCUUGGGGUCGCACUACUCUAUGAGCGGCGUCGAUGGCUGCUUCCCCUGCAACUUGCCAUUGGUGUUGGUGGACAACAAGUGCGUCUGGUGGCACCUGCCACUUCUGGUGCUUGGUUUGGUUGCAUUGGGGGUCGGUGGUCGCUUAGCCUUUUCGUGGAACAGCUCUCGCAAAGCUCGGAAGAUCGAACGCACCCUGGAGGAAGUCUAUGCCCAACUUUGGGAUGAGCAACCAGACACGCUCACGGCAUACUCGAAGAAAUUGAGUCGUCUUGGGCUUCAGAAAGCCAAGUUCGAGCAAAGCGUGUCUGCCAUGCGCGUCCGCCAGAGUCAAAGAGCCGGGGUCAGCAUACAAUAUCUGCUAUCUGCUGACUUCGCUCAAGUGGCAACGCAACGCACUGGCAAGAACGAUCCGACCUUCAUCGACAUGAAGACGGCCUUUUGGCUUUCAGAAGAUCCCAUUGGUCGAGACAUGGUCUGUCCACGUGAUGGUAGAGCUGGAUGUGCGUUAGUCGAUUGGAUACCGCGCUGUGAACGCCGAGAACAGACGCAUUUCAUGAGCUGGACCUGGAAAUACAGUCUGCACGAGGUGCAGAGUGCUUUGGAGAUGUUUCAGCAAAGCCUGGUUGGUUCAUGUUACUUCUUCAUGUGUUUCUUCACAAACAAUCAGUACCGAAUCCUGGUCGAAGAGAGCAGCACUGGAAGCGACAAUCUCGAGGAGGUGUUUGAGAGCAAUCUCAAACGUAUCGGAAAAAUGGUUGCCAUUUUGGAUACGUGGCAUCAACCGGUAUAUUUGACGCGCAUCUGGACGGUCUACGAGCAAUUUGUGGCAUCCACGAUUGAGAUCGAGGUGCAAUUCGUCAUGCCAAGUGCCGCUGCGGAUCAUCUGCAGAGGCAGAUUGCGAAGGGUUCUAAAGGUAUUGAUGAGGUAAUCGAAUCCCUCAGUCAAGUGGAUUCUGAAGAAGCGAAAGCGUGGAAGAUGGAGGAUGAGACCAAAGUGAAGUCUUUGAUCGAGGAUACUGUCGGCUUCGAUCACGUCGAUAUGCACGUGAGGACUGUCAUGAUCACGUGGAUAGGAUCAGUCGUGGAACAGACAUGUCGGGAGUUGCUGGACAUCGCACGGAGCAAGAAGGUCAGGAAGAAAGAUCGGCGUAGAGAUUGCCGAGGCUACCAGACAGCGGCGAGCGGAUUUCUCUGUGACGGCCAGGCCAGCCCUGCCGAACUCAUCUCCUCCCUGUGA